AUGUCCGGCCGCAUCAUCAUCGCGCCUCUCCUCAGCCGCCAGACCCUACACCUCGUGUCACGGCGCACCUCGACCAUCACUGCCCCGUUCACAGCAACACACCACACAACACAACCCAGCAGGGCUCAAACCCGCACGAUGGCCUGCAAGAGCUCGUCCUCCGACCAGCCGACGUUUGAAAAGAUCCCGUCAACGCCGAUCCGCGUCCUCCGCACCGUCCCCUCAGUCCGCCGCUGGAGGAAACCCCACAUGCUCGACCAGCGGUCCGUCGGCCUGGUCCCGACCAUGGGGGCGCUGCACUCGGGCCACGAGUCGCUGAUCCGGCAGGCCGCGCGCGAGAACCACCACGUCGUCGUGUCCAUCUACGUCAACCCGGCGCAGUUCGGCCUGGCCGAGGAUCUAGAUAGCUACCCCGCCACCUGGGACGCCGACUGCGCCCUGCUGCGCCGCCUGGACCGCGACCUGGCCGACGACGGCGGCAACCUGGGCCGCGUCACCGCCGUCUUCGCCCCUACCACCCCGACCAUGUACCCAUCGGGCUUCCCCGGGCAGGCGCCAGACUCAAAGGGCAGCUUUGUCACGCUGACGCCCGUGGGCGAGCUGCUCGAGGGCCGCACGCGCCCGACCUUCUUCCGCGGCGUCGCCACCGUCUGCAUGAAGCUCUUCAACAUCGUCCAGCCCACCCGCGUCUACUUUGGCCAAAAGGACGUCCAGCAGACCGUCGUCAUCCGCGCCAUGGUUCGCGACUUUUGCCUCGACACCGAGGUCGUCAUCGGCCCCACCGUCAGGGAGGCCGACGGUCUGGCUCUCAGCUCGAGGAACGUCUACCUCGGCGCGAGGAGGAGGCGCGCCGCGACCGUGUUGAACCGCGCCCUGCGCGCCGCAGAGGCCGCGUACCAGGCUGGAGGUCUGACCAGGGCCGAGAUACUGGGGCCGGCCGAGGCGGUGACGAGGGAUACCCUCGCGGCGCAGAUGGCUCUGUCGCCCGAGGAGAGGGUCGUCUUCGAGGUCGACUACAUCUCCCUGGCCGAUCCCGACACAAUGGUCGAGAUAGAAAGCGUCGACCCGGAGAGAGGAGCCGUGCUGAGCGGCGCCGUCAAGAUGUUACCCAUCGAGGCGCCGCAGCCUGGUGAAGACCUUGGCCACAGCGGCGGGCCGGCCGUGCGACUGAUUGACAAUAUAAUUCUGAAUCCUGUACAAAAAUAG